CGCGCACGGUCCGGUUACCGUCAAAAUUUCGAUAUUGCAUCGGUAGCUAGCUAGCGGCGAUUGAGAUGCUGCCGACAGCGGCGGAGUGGCAGUGAAAAGAAGCGGUGCGACAAAUUCGACUCGCGUGCGAUUGUCCUCCAAGAGAAUCGGCUGCUUGUUGCUGCGUCCUCGUGUCGUCGGCGUUGCACCGUCGGGAACUACCGUUGUUUUUCCUUUCUUUUCGUUGCGUUACAACACGCCGAACGUAAUCGAAGCUCGAAGCGCGCUAAGCGCAUAUCGCUAAUCAUCGUCGAACCGGCUGUGAAAAAGCGACAACCAUGGCUAGUGUCUCCUAUCAAAUAGCGAACCUGCUGGAGAAGAUGACGUCCAGUGACAAAGACUUCAGAUUUAUGGCAACUAACGAUUUGAUGAGUGAACUACAGAAAGACAGCAUCAAGUUGGACGAUGAUUCUGAACGCAAAGUUGUAAAAAUGCUACUUAAGUUAUUAGAGGACAAGAAUGGAGAAGUGCAAAAUCUUGCUGUCAAAUGCUUGGGUCCAUUAGUCAACAAAGUGAAAGAAUAUCAAGUGGAAACCAUUGUGGAUGCCCUAUGUAGCAACAUGGUAUCCGAUAAAGAGCAACUACGUGAUAUCUCCAGCAUUGGCUUGAAGACUGUUAUUUCUGAGCUUCCUUUGGGUUCUAGUGCAUUAGUUGCAAAUAUUUGUAGACGUAUUACAGGAAAAUUAAGCAGCGCUAUUGAAAAGCAAGAAGAUGUAUCCGUACAGCUUGAAGCCCUCGACAUCGUCGCCGACUUACUGUCUCGUUUCGGCGCGCUCUUAGUCUCUUUCCAUUCUACUAUUCUGAAUGCGCUAUCACCACAACUUUCGUCACCACGUCAAGCAGUUCGCAAACGCACUAUAGUAGCACUCAGUCACCUGCUGACAUCCAGCAACAAUUAUUUAUACAAUAAACUGCUGGAUCAGCUUCUUCAGGGUCUCUCGACCCAAACGAUAAAGAAUGUUAUACGUACCUAUAUCCAAUGUAUCGCUUCUAUCUGCCGACAAGCGGGUCACAGAUUUGGCGAACAAAUAGAACGUGUUAUGCCAUUAAUUGUCCAAUAUAGUAACGAAGAUGAUGAUGAAUUAAGGGAGUAUUGUUUGCAAGCAUUUGAAUCCUUUGUCUAUAGGUGUCCGAAAGAGAUCACACCGCACAUAAAUAAGAUCAUAGAGAUUUGUUUAAUAUAUAUCACGUACGAUCCAAACUAUAAUUAUGACGACGAUAUGAACGAUUUCUCCGACGGAGAAGGAGUUGUAAUGGAAGUGGAAGAGGAUGGCGAGGAGGAUGCCGAGGACGAAUAUUCUGAUGAUGACGAUAUGAGUUGGAAAGUUCGUAGAGCAGCGGCGAAGUGUUUGGAGGCCGUUGUAUCUAGUAGAAGAGAAUUGCUGCCGGAUCUUUACAAACUGGUCUCACCUGCGCUGAUAUGUAGGUUUAAAGAAAGAGAAGAGAACGUCAAGUCCGACAUCUUCCACGCGUACAUCGCUUUAUUGAGACAGACCAGGCCAGCUACCGGUGUGCCACUCGAUCCUGACGCAAUGGAGGACGACGACGGACCGAUCUCGCUGUUGCAACAGCAAGUGCCAUUGAUAGUGAAGGCAGUUCAUCGGCAAAUGAAGGAGAAGAGCAUCAAGACUCGGCAGGACUGCUUCUCCUUACUGAAGGAACUGGUGCUUGUCUUACCCGGCGCUCUAACCAAUCAUAUCCCAGCGCUGAUACCCGGCAUACAAUAUUCGCUGGGAGACAAGAAUUCGUCUUCGAACAUGAAGAUCGACACGUUGGCUUUCGUGCAUACGCUACUGAUAACGCACGAACCCGAGGCGUUCCACGCUCAUAUGUCCGUUUUGGCGCCACCGAUCAUAGCGGCUGUAGGCGAUCCUUUCUACAAGAUCACCGCCGAAGCGUUACUCGUACUGCAGCAACUUGUACAGGUCAUCAGACCUCACGAUAAAUCAUGUUAUUUUGACUUCACUUCAUUGUCCGGAGAGAUAUAUCAUUGCACAUUGAAGAGGCUGAGAACGGCAGAUAUCGAUCAGGAAGUGAAAGAGAGAGCCAUCGCCUGCAUGGGUCAGAUACUCGCACAUUUCGGCGAUACUUUGUCGAACGAGUUGCACAUCUGCCUGCCUAUCUUUCUAGACAGACUGCGCAACGAGAUAACUAGGCUCACGACUGUUAAGGCUCUAACGUGUAUAGCUGCGUCUCCUCUGAGAGUAGAUUUGCAGCCGAUCAUGGAGGACGCAAUACCCAUUCUGGGAUCUUUCUUGAGGAAAAAUCAACGAGCUCUAAAGCUCUCCUCUCUUCCCCUUUUGGAUACGUUGGUGCGCAAUUACAGUUCAGCUUUACAUGCGGAUCUACUUGACAAGGUUACCACAGAGUUACCAGCGUUAUUAAGCGAAACAGAUCUACAUAUCGCACAAUUAACGCUGAAUCUUCUCACUACCAUUGCAAGAUUACACCCGAUCGCUCUGACCAGGGUUUCCGACCAUAUCCUACCGGAGAUACUCGUCCUGGUCAAAUCGCCGCUUCUUCAAGGUGUCGCAUUAAAUUCGAUGUUAGAGUUUUUCCAAGCUCUAGUUCAAGCAGAAAUACCAGGUCUCGGAUACCGAGAACUCCUUGCGAUGCUGGUGGUGCCAGUUACUCAAUCAGUACUUCACAAACAGGCUUAUCACUCCCUUGCCAAGUGUGCGGCCGCACUGACAAUCACGUGGCAUCAAGAAGCGCAGGGCAUCGUGGAGCAGUUGUUGAAAGACGUGCAAAAUCCGCAGAACGAUGCCCAACACAUAUUCGCUCUCUUGGUCAUCGGAGAGAUAGGAAGACAUGUGGAUUUGAGUGGAAUUAAUUCGCUAAAACAUACGAUUCUAAAUUCGUUCUCGUCGCACUCGGAAGAGGUGAAAUCCGCGGCCAGCUACACGUUGGGCAACAUCGCAGUUGGAAAUCUUCCUGAAUACUUGCCUUUUAUACUUCAAGAGAUCGAGGCUCAGCCGAAACGCCAAUAUCUGCUUCUGCAUUCGUUGAAGGAGAUUAUCACGUGUCAGUCGGCCAGUCCGUCUGGCGUGUCGCACCUGCAGAAUUUCGUGCCUUCGAUUUGGAUGCUUCUGUAUAGGCAUUGCGAAUGCACGGAGGAAGGUACUCGCAAUGUCGUAGCCGAAUGUCUCGGCAAGUUGACGCUCAUUGAUCCCGCCACUCUGUUGCCGAGAUUACAAGAAUCGCUCAAGUCACCGUCGGCGCUUAUGAGAACAACGACAGUCACUGCGGUGAAAUUCACCAUUUCUGAUCAGCCACAACAGAUUGAUAUCAUGUUGAAACAAUGCAUGGGUAAUUUCUUGAUCGCCCUGGAAGAUCCUGACUUGAACGUGCGAAGGGUAGCGUUAGUUGCAUUUAAUUCCGCAGCACAUAAUAAGCCGAUGCUGAUAAGAGAUCUCUUGGACGCAGUGCUGCCGCAUCUUUAUACGGAAACUAAGAUAAAGAAAGAACUGAUAAGAGAAGUCGAGAUGGGUCCAUUCAAACAUACAGUGGACGACGGACUGGAUCUUCGAAAAGCGGCGUUCGAAUGCAUGUAUACUUUGCUAGACUCGUGUCUCGACAGACUGGAUGUCUUCGAGUUCUUGAAUCAUGUGGAGAACGGUCUUCGAGAUCAUUACGACAUCAAGAUGUUGACUUAUCUCAUGACCGCACGACUCGCUCAACUGUGUCCGACCGCAGUAUUGCAAAGGUUGGAGCGAUUAGUUGAGCCAUUGAAGAGCACAUGCACGAUGAAGGUAAAGGCGAACUCGGUGAAGCAGGAGUACGAGAAGCAGGACGAGUUGAAACGUUCUGCGCUGAGAGCCGUAGCAGCACUGUUGACAAUUCCCGAUGCGGAUAAAAAUCCAUCGUUAAGCGAGUUCGUGGGACAGAUCAAGGGAACGCCAGACUUGCAGCCACUCUUCGAGAUAAUACAGAAGGACUGUAGCGGUAGUAACGUGAACGAAACGAAUGCGAUGGAUCAGAGCUAAAAGUAACUGUUCAAUCCUCUUUUUUGUAUCUCUCUCACAUAGAUCGCCGUUAACUAAACGCAUUCGUGAUCAUUACUACUCAUAUAGUUUAUUUCUAUAUACAUUAUUUUUUCAUUAAUGUAUCCUCGAUUGUCGAGCAGUAGUUUAAAAGGAAAAGAGUAAGUGUGAGUUAAUGUAGCAUGUAUAAAUUUUAAAAUAAAUUUGCCGGCAGUAAUUGUUUUCUUUACCAUCAUGCGAGUACCCCGUUUUGCGGUACGACGACGAGCGCCGAGCGUAUCGUGCGAUAUUAGCGUACCAGUAAGUCAAUGAUAUUAAUAUAUGCCAGGGUUGGGAAGUAACGCGUUACUUGUAACGCCAUUACUGGUAUCGUUACUUUUUUGAGUAACAAUUAGGUAACGCCGUUACUUUUUGGUGUCAGUAACGAAAAAGUAACGGCGAUACAUUUUUUUUGUAAUGAGUAACAAAACGUCCGUUACUUUAAUUGUUACUUUUUAAUUUUUAUAAAAUUAAACUUAAUUGUAUUUAAUUUCUAUGCAUUUUUUGUUUUAUGCUGAAUUUAAUGAGAACCAAUAAAGAUGGACUCACAUAUUGUCAUCCAUUGGCCUUAGCUAUACAGAAAGGUUUAAAAGAAAGGUUUUGUACUACAUUC